UGGGAGGUGAGCCCGUGCUUUACAAAGCACUUUCUCGGGUCGUUCGCAUCUGCGACUGUGAGGCCCUGAGAAUUGAAGCGCCCUUCCUCUCUGACACCACCACAAGCUAGCAGAGCGGUAGAGCCAGCUUCCCAGUCGAGAUGGCCGAACUGAUGGCGAGCGCCGCCACGAGCGUGAUGGGGUCCGUCAUCGGCAAGCUGACUGCCAUGCUCGGCGAGAAGUACCAGUUCGCCGGAGGCGUGGAGAAAGGGAUCCGCUUCCUGAAGGAUGAGCUGAGCACCAUGGAUGCCGUGCUGCAGAAGCUCGCAGACAAGGACGACGACCAAAUGGAUCCAAUGGAUAAAGAUUGGAGGAACAAGGUGAAGAUGUUGUGGAAGGACCAGGGCAUAGCAGAGGAGAUCCAAGAACUCAAGAUACUCGUGACAGAGCAGAGUGAGCGGGCCAAACGCUACCGUGCGCUUGGAUCCUCGCCGCCUCACUAUCUCGCCGCCUCACCUCAGCCGGUGUGCUUGGAUCCUCGAGCAACUGCCCUUUUUCAGGAGGCGAGGGAUCCUGUGGGGAUUGAUGGUCCUCGCGAGGAAAUCAUCCAGUUACUACAAGUUGAAGAAAAUCAACACAAGGUGGUGUCCAUCUAUGGUACCGCUGGGCAGGGGAAGACUACUCUAGCCAUGGAGGUAUACCGAAAAAUCACACAAGCAUUUGAUUGCAGGGCUUUCGUGUCUGUAUCUCAGACUCUGGAUCUGAAGAAGCUACUCAGAGAUAUAUUGUCUCAAAUAGUAAGCACGAGCGAGUUUGACCAGUCGGAAAGGUGGGAGACGGAGCAGCUCGUUCGCAAAAUGAGAGACUACUUAAUUGAUAAGAGGUACUUCAUCUUGAUUGAUGAUAUCUGGCAUGUAUCAGAUUGGGAUCUUGUAGAAGCUGCCUUACCUCGCAAUGACAACGGAAGCAGAAUAAUUACUACAACACGCAGUAAAACAGUAGCCGAAACAUGUGCUGGUAUUGAUGCACAAAUGUACAAAGCAAAGCCACUUGGUGAUGACGAAUCUCGCAGAUUAUUCUUUAAAAGGCUAUUUCACUCAACUGAACAUUGUCCCCAAGAUUUGAUGGCAGUAUCCAGUGAUAUUUUGAGGAAAUGUGGGGGAUUACCAUUAGCCAUAAUCAGUAUAGCUGGUUUAUUAGCAAACAGAAGUAAAACCAAGGAAGUCUGGGUCAAUGCAUUGAAGUAUAUUUCUGCUGCAGUUGACAAAGAUUCUCACAUUGAUAAAAUGAAAAGAAUUUUUCUGCUUAGUUAUUUUGACCUUCCUCUUCAUCUAAAGAGCUGUAUGUUAUAUCUGAGCGUGUUCCUGGAGGAUUAUGUGAUUGAUUGUAGACAGUUGAUAUUGUUAUGGGUAGCCGAAGGACUGAUUCCUGGACAAGGCAGAGAAAAUAUGGAGCAGCUUGGGAGGAGUUACUUGAAUGAGCUAAUCAAUAGAAGCUUGGUCCAGCCAACCAAGGUUGGGUUAGAUGGCGCAACAGUGAAACAGUGCAGAGUUCAUGAUGUCAUACUUGAGUUUAUUGUAUCAAAGGCUGUGGAGGACAAUUUUGUUACUAUAUGGAAUCGUAAUGGGCUUUCUGAAAAUUAUUCUUCUAACAAGAUUCGCCGUUUAUCUAUCCAACAUGGCAUUUCUAUGCAGGCUGAAGAGAUGGUGAAGAUAAAAGAACAUGCAGCUCAUAUUCGAUCAAUUAAUAUUUUUGACCCUAAUUCAGUGCUGCUAAUUAAAGACACCUCUAUGUUUUUAAGUAGCCAAGUCUUGCGAGUGGUGAAUACAGAAAUCCGUCAGUUGUUACUUGAAGAUUGCUAUCUUGGACAUGCCAAAAGUUUUGGUCAAAUCAAGUACUUGAGGUUAAAAAUUAGGCCAUGCCACUGGAAACUCCCAAAAGAUAUAGAAAAGCUGCAACAUCUAGAGACACUAGAUGUUUGGAAUACCCGCAUUAAAAAACUACCGGCUAGCAUUACCCAACUGCAGAGAUUAGUGCUUCUUAUUGUCGGUACUAAGGUAAAACUACCUGAUGGGAUUGGAAAUCUGCAGGCAUUAGAAGAGCUAUCAAUGAUCAGUUUGGGUUUUCAAACUAUCAAAUUUAUCGAAGGACUCGGCGAUCUAACCAAUCUGAAGGUACUUGGAAUUAGCUGGGAGUACCCUUAUGCAAUAGGAUGUCACGUGGAAGUGGAAGGCCACAAGGAAGCAUGUAUCUCGUCACUCUCCAAGCUUGUCACAACCCUUCGAGAACUGCACGUCUUGGAUAGUUCUGAUGACACAUUUUCAUUCAUGGCUUCGUGUGGCUCUACUCCACCACCCCUUCGGAAGCUCAUUUUUCACGGAAUUGUCAUGCCCCAUCAAAUCAUCAGCUCGCUAGUCAACCUGACCCGCCUCUCUAUUGGACUAGUAAGCCAGGAAGGGAUAAAUAUCCUAGCAAGUUUGCCCAUGCUCCUCUCUAUUACUGUUCGCGUUUACGAGGGUAAUUUUGGAAUCAGGUAUACAAUCAGCAGUCAAGGAUUCCAGCGUUUAGUCAAGUUUACUUUCUACUAUCAUUCUGAUGGCGCGUUGGAGUUUGAGCCAGGAGCCGUGCCAAAGCUCCAAAGGCUCAAGCUGUACCUGGAGGCACGGGGUCAGUUCAAUUAUGAGCAAGGCGGCCUCGUCCUUGGGUUGCAGAAUCUGGCAGGCCUCAAACAUGUUGCUCUUCGUAUUGACUGUGAGCAUGCUACUCCUGACGAGGUGCAGGAUUUGGAGGAUGACAUCAGGGUUGCAGCAGGCGCCCAUCCCAACUGUCCCAUGGUCCAGCUGGUCGGAAAAGUAAAUCAAUAUCGUAUGGCUCAAGGGUGCAUCAGGCGCCCACGCGACCAUCCCAUGCUAGAAGCACAAUGA